GCUGAAAGCCAAAUCAAGAGUUUGUCGUCCACUUCGAUACUAUAACACGCAAAUCCUUCUCCACAUUUCACAUGAAACCCCCCCUCACAAAUGCGGAAUGCCCCUCAUUGACAGACCCCAUUGCUACCGUUUUAUCAAAACCCUCUGCACAAAAUCACCAACUCCUUCAGCAACUUCAUCUACUUGGAGAAUCCAAUCCCAACAACGCCAACUUAUCUCACAAAUUUCUUCCAUUCUCCUUCAAAGACACAAUUGGCAAACCCUUCUUAAAACCCUCAAUCUCUCUCCUAAUAUAUCCCCAACAAUAUUUCUUCAAAUUCUCCAAAGAAUCCAAGAAAACCCACAAAUUUCUCUCAAUUUCUUCAACUGGGCAAAACUCAAUCUUGUUAAAUUUCAAUCAAAUCUUUUAAUUCACUGCAAAAUCUUUCAAAUUUUAAUCGGGUCUGGUGAAACCCAACCUAUUAAGCCCAUCUUGGAUUCCUUCAUUGGGGUGGACCCACCAACCCAUGUUGUAUGUUCUAUGAUUCAAGCUUGUAAAGGUACGAACUUGCACCCUCUUGCAUUUAAUUCAAUUAUUGAGUGUUAUGCUCAAAAGGGUUUAUACUUUGAUGGAUUAGAAGUUUAUAUGAAAAUUAUAUCAUAUGGUUAUUUACCUGAAGUUAGUUGCUUGAAUGCUAUGCUUGAUCUUUUAGACCAUGCUGGUGAGUUUAGGUUGGCUUAUUGUUUGUAUGGUUCAAUGAUUCGGAAUCGUAUUCAGUUGAACAUGAACACUUGGACUGUUAUUGCUCGAAUUCUAUGUAAGAAUGGGAAAUUUGAGAAAGUUGUGAGGCUGUUAGGUUCAGGUGUUUGUAAUUCGGAGAUUUUCGAUUUAGUGAUUGAUGGGUAUAGUAGAAUUGGAAACUUUGGAGCUGCAAUUGACCAAGUAAAUGAGAUGUGCAAAAGAAAUCUUGAGCCUGGUUUUUACACUUACGGCUCUAUUCUUGACGGAGCUUGUGAUUUUGGGGAUACAAAUGUUAUAGAUACUGUUAUUUGCGCGAUGAGAGAGAGGAGAUUGCUUCCUGAUGAUCUUUCAUUGGAGUAUGAUCAUGUUAUUAGGAAGUUUUGUGAUAUGGGGAAACCAUAUGCAGCUGAAUUUUUUCUCAAUAGAGCACAAGAUGAGGGUGUUGGGCUGGAAGAAGCAACAUUUGGGUCUAUGCUAAGAGCAUUUUGCAAAGGAGAGAGAUUAGAUGAAGCAAUAGGGUUGUAUCAGAUAAUUUCAAAACAGAAUGUUGUGUUAAAGAAGUCUUCUUAUAAGGAAUUGGCCGAAAGUCUUUGCAAGGGAACUCCAUCAGGAAACUUGAACCAGUUGUUAAUACAUUUAAUCGUGAAAGGGUAUAUCCCCUCUUCAUCAGGAAUCUCCAAGUUUAUUAUGAAGCUGGGUAGGAAAGAAAACUGGAACGAAGCAGAAACUCUAUUGAAUUUAAUGUAUCAAGAAGAUAUGUUUCCUGAUUCUGCUUGUUGUUGCUUAUUAGUAAAGCAUUAUUGCUCCUCAGGUCAGAUUGAUUCAGCACUGUUGUUGCACAGGAAGUUGGGAAAUUCAGAGAUGAUAUGGAAUGUCACAAGUUAUAAUGUACUCCUACGCAAGCUUUUUACAGAAGAAAGGGUAGAUGAAGCACUCAAAAUAUAUGAAUGCAUGAGAAGCAAUAAUAUAUUGAAUAGGGCAAGUUGUUUAGUAAUGAUCUGCGGACUGGCUCAAGUAAAGAAAAUGAGAAAGGCGAUGCAAGUUCAUGAUGACAUGUUGAAAAUGGGGCUGAAGCCGAGUUCAAAAACGUACAAAAGCCUGAUAUCUGUUUUUAGAUGAUGGCUUUAGCUUGCUACACUUUGGAGGGACUAGGACUAUGCUGCCUAAUAUUUCUUUUUCUGUAUGAUCUGCCAAAAGAUUUUUUGCUGACCGAAAUCGUUAUGAUUUUGUGUUUGUCUAAGAUUCACGUGGUCUUGUUGUGUGGCAUUGCUGAUUGAGAUAUUUCUCUCUGUGAAUUUAUCUUCUUGAUUGAGAUCGUCACAGUAUGUCUAGGAGUUGACUAAUUGGCUUCACUGGUUUCAAUAUCCAAGUAAAUGUUCAUUCAUAGCUCAUCGAUAAGGUUAAGGAAUCUGGUAUAGUGCUUUGGUGAUGUUGAAACUUAUACACAAAGCUAAGAGUUUGAUCCUGGAUGGUGAAGCAUUGUUCUUAGAAUAUCCUCUAGAUUGAUUGAUGGCAUUGAUGAUUAUAAAUUGUUUUUUGUCCCUUGGUGAAUGAAGUGUCUAAUGUUUAUGGAGGCACCGGAUGACAAACACUAUAUAGACGAGCAGUGGGCCAAGGUUUUCUGCAGUUGAGGUUUUUGUUACUUGGGGUUCGGAUGAUUGUCCUACUCACCUUCUCGGUACCACUGCUUGUUGCUGGUCAGGAAACAUUGAAGUUCAUCGUCAUUUAUGUAUGGUUUCAUCUACUUGAGAUAUGGAAUGGGCCAUAACUCAUAAACAUGAUAACUAUUGGGGUUUUUUAUGGUCCUUUUGAAUGUUCACCAAAUUUCUUGAUCAAUCAUCAUCAGAACAAUAAUAUGUGGUCUUUUUUGAUCUUGUUUGUCCUGUGUUUCCUGACUGUUUGGCAAUGGUCAGGAAGUUAUCAACCAUGUCUAGUUAACAUAUCCCUGGUUAACAUAGCCCAAUCAGUUUUAAUCAAUAAAAACCAGUUUAGAAAAUCAACAAAAAUCAGUUUUAAUCAAUAAAAAACAGCUUCGAUGAGUAAAAUUUAAUUUCAACCUUUCGAUCAGUAAAAAUUAAUUUUAUUUAGUAAAAGUACGUUUGGGUAGUAAAAAUAAUUUCAGUACAACAAAUAAACAGUGCCUUUCUCGUCGUUUCUCUUUUGCCCCCUCAACCCAUAUCUGGGAGUGUGUUUCCACUCUAAAUGGUCAAGAUGCGGCAUGAUUAAUUGGGAUUCCCUCAUUUGUUUGAUAUCAUAUAAAGUUCUGGAUUAUAUUUUGUGGUGGCAGAAACUGCGUUCGAAAUUUGUGGAUUAUAUUGUUUCCAUAACCAAUCUGAACACAGCCAAUCCCAGUACUUGAUUCCAGUUUUUUGACAUGGACUGCCAAACUCCACAGUCUUGUUGCAUGAAUAUAUGUCUAACAGAUGAUCUCUUGGCCGAAAUAUUCUGUCGACUACCACGCCUUAAAUCAGUCAUUCAGUGCAAGUGUGUCUGUAAGCAAUGGUUAAGUUUGAUAUCUCAACCCGAAUUUAUAGCUCGUUAUAUUCAUCAUAAAAUCAACAGUCACUGCAUGUAGAAGAACAUGAAAAAGGAGGAAGUGAAGUAUUACUUCCAUUUGCACUUCACAUUCAUAGUCGCAAUCAAGAUGCCUUUGUUUAUACAAGCAACCCUGCCUUAACCUCUAUUGACUAUUGCCUCAGUUUAAAGCCAAGUCAUGGAAAAUGUGCAGCAUGCUGUUUCAUGGUAAAAGCGUGUUGCAAUGACCUGAUUCUGUGCAGCAGCCUGCUAGAACUUGAUUUUUACAUUUGCAGUCCUCGCACCAUGCAAUGGUUUCAGCUGCCUGCACCAUCUUGAACAGAAGACUUUUGCUUGGCUGGUUUAACUUGUGAACCUUAUUCUCUGUUCCAUAUAGACACCGGCUCUAUUGCUCUCAGUACUUCAUGUCAAUAUAAUGUGUGUUGUGUCCUUCCUGGUCCACAUGGACCACACCUCUUGACUCAACUCAAGAUAGAAUUUUUUCUUCUGAAAGUGGCAUUGGGAAGAAAGCAGUCUCAUUGUUGCCAAGCUGUGGUACUCGAUUUUACACUUGCAACUAUAGAAGUUGCUUUACAUACAAAUAGGGUGGUGUAUUUUACUCAAAAUAUCAUUAUAAGUUUUGAUCCGUACAAUACAUGUGAGAAAGAUGUCUUUGAAUGCCAUGCCAUUCAGCCAACUCUGCAGGAUGCUCCUAGUCCAUGUUUUAUGGAUUAUGUUGGAGCUCCCGAGCGGAAAUUAUCUCUUGUAUGGAACUAUGCAUGGUAUGUAGCUCAAGAAUCACAAUACACUGCCUAGUGCUUACAUGUUAAAGGUUUGGGAUCUUAAGAACUAUGAGACUGGAGAACAGUCCAUGAAGCGAAUGAUUUAUCUGGCAUGAUUUAGAAAAUCUUAACAAAUUUGAAGAAAUUUGGCAGGCUGAACUUUUUUCCAUCAACCAAAAUGUUGCUGCUAUUGUGUUGUUGAGGCUGCAUGAAAAAAUUGUUGAAUGCAAUUUGCGGGAGAAAACAUGUAAGUUACUCUGUAGUUGUAGCCUUCCUGUUCGAACAUGUUAUGGUCUUGUUUUCCCAUGGUGGCAUUAGAGAGUAAUCUUUGGUUACUUGAACUGAAUAGAUUAUAUUUUUUUUUUUUCGACAAAGGGUGAAAAAGUAGAAUAAAACAGAAGGAGGUUAGCUUUUCCUUGCCAUAGUGGCGAGAUUGUGAGCUAAUUUGACCUCCUCUCGACUUACCUUAAUACAAGAGAUAAAAAGGAAGCUAUUAGCCUCUCCUAAUAUCCCGGA